CGAGGGAGGGAGGAGAGCGUGGGUGCUGGGAGGAAGGGGGCGUGCGAAAGAUGGAGGGUUUCAACGGCGGUGGGGAACGCAGGGAAGAGGCAGGGGAAGGCGGGGCGGAAUGAGGAGAAGGAUCAGCAUGGGUUUGUGGGGUGGUGGGGGGGAGGAGGGGGUGUGCGUGUGAGAAUUGGGCAGAUGGGAAGAGGGCAAGGCGAGUGGGGGAGGGGAGGGGUGGGGCCGCAGCGGCAGUGGAGGGAUGAGGCAGAACAGGCGGCGCACGAAGGGGCUGUCCUCUCCAUGGCUCCCACCCCCAAUGGCCUCUUCCUCCUCUCCUACGGCUCAGACCAGCGAUUGCGACUGUGGGACGUGGAGGCCGGCGCCAACACGCUCAUCCAUUACGCAAAUCAGAGAGCGCCACGUGGCGCGCUGGCGUCAGAGGCCACAGUGUUUCACACAUGGACAGGGGAGUCCCUUGCUUCUCUGCAUGCUCACUUCGACAACGUUAUGCUUUGCUGCUCUCACCCCGCCGUCCCCGUGCGUCCAUCGCUCUCUCUCUCAACUCUUCUCUUCCGGUGCAGACCGCCAGCUCCUUUCCUGGACAUCCCCUUUCCUAGACCAACUUCACUCGCCUCAGUCACACUCAUCCACUCGUCCUACAUGAAUACUGGUUCCGCGCCUGGUCGAGGCGCGGUACCUAUAUCGACUGUGCUCUCCCCGUCAUCCGGCGUCGCGACGUCCAACACAACCACGUCUCCAUAUUUCUCCACCGCGCCUUACGCCUCGUCUUACACCUCGCCCUCCUCCUCCGAGCCUCCCGCGUCCUACCGGUACUCGCCUUUUAAGAGAUUCAACCGCAUCAACCUGCGCUUUAAGAUCUCAUAUUACACACAAUGGGGGCAGAAUCUCAUGCUAAGCGGCUCGGAUCUGCUUCUCGGGAAGUGGAACAUUAAGCAGGGCGUGUGGAUGACGCCUCAUCACGAGGGCGAGUUCCUCGUCUGGCAGGCGCUGAUAUCGGUGCCGGACAAGUUCGAGCUGGACUACAAAUACGCGUUAGUGGACGAGAAGCUCAACGUCAUCAAGUGGGAGUCCGGCGACACGCGCCGCCUCAUUCUGCCCGACGGCCUGCCAGAUGGCGCCAUGGUCGACGUGCUUGACACGUGGCAGGACGGGUCGUCCCCCGAGACGCUGCUAUCGCGCAACGCAUUCCGCAAGGUCAUCUUUGGCAAGGCGGCGCAGGCGGACGACGACAGCGACGACGCACCCACUGCACUGCCACCGCUGCCGCCAGAGCUCUUCGAGUCUAAAGAUGACAUUGUGCUGAGAUUCAGAGUGAACUGCUCGCGGCUAGACAAGGGCCAGAAGGUGUGUGUGACGGGCAGUGCACCCCGACUGGGCGCAUGGGAGGCGGGGGGGUGUGUGCCCAUGACGCGCACACACGGCACACUCUGGGAGUACUGUCUGCGGGAUGCGGACGGCUCAGUGACAUCGGAGUACGGCAGUGACAUAGAGCUGGGGCUAGACACCUCGGCGCGCAAGCCCUCCAUCAUGAUCUUUGUCUCUGACGGCCACUUCAGAGCGAACCCGUGGCGGGGAGCAGGAGUGGCCAUCCCAGUGUUCUCCCUGCGCUCCAAGGAGAGUGUGGGCGUGGGCGAGUUUGCGGACCUGCGUCUGCUAGUGGACUUUGCACACAGUGCGGGUCUGCGCCUAGUGCAGCUACUGCCUGUUAAUGACACCUCUGUCAAUGACAUGUGGUGGGACUCCUACCCGUACAGUUCGCUCUCGGUGUUCGCCCUGCAUCCGCUCUACCUGCGACUGCAAGCGCUCGCCCCCAACCUGCCCGCACAAAUCCAGGCGGAGAUAGAGAGUGCAAGGGCAGCGUUGGACAAGGAAGCAGUGGACUACGAUGCCACCAUGACCACCAAGCUGCGCAUCGCACGCGCCGUCUUCCAGUGGGACGGCGACCGCCUGCUCGCCUCCCAGCCCUUCAAGGACUACUUCCACGAGAACCAGGACUGGCUGAAGCCGUAUGCGGCGUUUAUGUUCCUGAAGAAGCUAUUUGGCACGGCGGACCACACGCUGUGGGGCACGCUCGCCAACUACUCGCAGGAGCAGGUGGAUCGCAUAGUGGCGCCAGGCACGGACUAUUAUGCCACCAUCGCAUUCACGUACUACGUGCAGUACCACCUGCACGUGCAGCUCCUGGACGCGGCAUCAUACGCGCACGAGCGCCACGUGGUGCUCAAGGGCGACCUGCCCAUCGGUGUGGACCGCUGCAGCGUGGACACGUGGCGCUUCCGCUCGCUCUUCCACAUGGACACGUCCACGGGCGCGCCACCCGACGCGUUCUCGUCGGAGGGGCAGAACUGGGGCUUCCCCACCUACAACUGGGAGGCCAUGGGCAGGGAUAACUACGCGUGGUGGCGCGCACGGCUCACACAGAUGGCCAAGUACUUCAGUGCGUACCGCAUAGACCACAUCCUGGGCUUCUUCCGCAUCUGGGAGCUCCCUGACCAUGCCGUCUGCGGCAUUCUCGGCCACUUCCGCCCCUCCAUCCCCAUCUCCGCGGAGGAGAUGGAGAAGGAGGGCGUGUGGGACUUCAACCGCCUGUGCGACCCUUACGUGCGCUGCCACCUGCUGCAGGAGAAGUUUGGCCAACGGUGGGCAGAGAUCGCCUCCAAGUUCUUUGAGGAGUAUCAGCACCUCUGCUACAGGUUCAAGAAGGAGUACGACACAGAGAAGAAGAUUGUGGCAGCUGUGCAACCCAGAGAGGGCUCGCCAGAGUGGCUGGAGGAGGAGGCCAAGGAGACCCGCAAAGGCCUGCUCUCACUCUUCCAGAGCGUGGUGUUGAUCCGCACGCAGGACGAUCCGCGCAAGUUCUACCCGCGCUUUGACUGCGAGAAGACCGCCAGCUUCAUGGAGCUCGAUGAACACACCAAGGCGGUGGUGAAGAGGUUGUACCUGGACUACUACUACUCUCGGCAGGAGACUCUGUGGCGCAGCAACGCGCUCAAGACGCUGCCCGUGCUCAUGAACGCCUCCGACAUGCUCGCCUGUGGGGAGGACCUGGGCCUCGUCCCUGCCUGCGUGCCGCCCGUGCUGGCGGAGUUGGGGCUACUGGGGCUGCGCAUUCAGCGCAUGGCCACCAAGAUAGGCCAGGACUUUGGCAACCCUGCAGAAUACGACUACAUGACGGUGUGUGCGCCGUCGUGUCAUGACACGUCAACGCUGCGCGCAUGGUGGGAGGAGGAGCCCGAGAGGCGUCACAAGUUCUUCCGCUCCGUGCUCGGCUUCAGCUCGCCUGCUCCCGACCGGUGUACACCGGAUGUGGCGAGGGCCAUUAUCCAGCAGCACUGCGAUGCUCCGAGCGUGUGGGCCAUAUUCCCCCUGCAGGACCUGAUGGCGUUGAGGGAGGAGUAUUUGACACGCCCAGCCAACGACGAGACCAUCAACGACCCCACCAACCCUCGCCACUACUGGCGAUUCCGGGUGCACGUGCGGCUGGAGGACCUGGUAACGGACUCAGCGCUCAUCACGAGCCUACAGCACAUGCUGCUGGCCAGCGGGCGCACGGCCCCUGCAGACCUGCCCGACCGCUACCGGUCGUCUGCUGUGGACUUCCUGGCGCACUCUGUGGGCAGCCUCAGCCUCUCCCACCCCCCCGCCACUCUCGGCGCCGCUCCCUCCCCGCUGCUCGCUCUCUCGCUUGGACCCAUUCCUUGA